GAAUAGGAGGAGCAGUCUCAUCUGGCAUGGCCACAACCUCAAGAGAAGCGAACCUGCAAAGCGCAAAGAAGAAAGUUCCUCUCUUUCCCCUUCUCUCUCUUCUCUGCUUCACUUCCAUCUUCAUCAUUCUCUCUCUGUUCAAAAACACUUCAACCCCUUCUUCCUCACACUCCCUUCGCACCUUCCAAAUCAACGCCGGCGCUUCCUGCGACUAUUCCCACGGAACAUGGAUCUACGACCCCACCACUACUCCCAGAUACGACAACACCUGCAAGGAGAUCUUCAAGGGCUGGAAUUGCAUCUCCGCCAACAAAUCCAAUGCCCCACAACUCGCCACGUGGCGAUGGAACCCCCACAACUGCGAUCUCCCUCACUUCGAUCCCGUUAAGUUCCUUCGCACUUACGCGCACACCAGCAUUGGGUUUGUUGGGGAUUCGUUGAACAGAAACAUGUUUGUGUCUCUUUUCUGUACUCUUAAGAGCGUUUCCAAUGGACAAGUGAAGAAGUGGCGACCCGCUGGUGCUGAUCGUGGAUUCACCUUUCUUGCUUACAAUCUCACCAUUGCCUAUCACCGUACAAAUCUUCUCGCUCGUUAUGGUAGAUGGUCAGCUGGUGAUAAUGGGGGUGCCUUAGGAACUUUUGGAUUCAGAGAGGGCUUUAGAGUUGAUGUUGAUGUUCCAGAAAGCACAUGGGCACGAGCUCCAAGUUUCCAUGAUAUUCUAAUUUUUAACACCGGGCACUGGUGGUGGGCACCUUCAAAAUUUGACCCUGGGAAGUCACCUAUGCUUUUCUUCAAGAAUGGUGAACCAGUAAUCCCUCCAUUACGUCCAGAUCAAGGCCUGGAUAUGGUUUUGAAGCACAUGAUCCCAUAUGUGGAGGAGAAAGCUAGACCAGGGGCAGUCAAAUUUUUUCGUACUCAAUCACCCCGACAUUUUGAAGGGGGUGACUGGGAUCAGGGCGGUACCUGUCAAAGGGAUCAACCUUUAUCAAUAGAGCAGGUAGAAGAACUAUUCUCUGUGAAGAAUAAUGGGACAAAUGUGGAGGCUCGACUGGUGAACCAACACCUCUAUAAGGCUCUUAAGGGUUCUAGCUUCAUUAUUUUGAACAUCACACACUUGAGUGAGUUCAGGGCUGAUGCUCACCCAGCAAAAGCUGGAGGGAAAAAACAUCAUGAUUGCAUGCACUGGUGCUUACCUGGACUUACAGAUACCUGGAAUGACUUGUUCAUACAGCAUCUUAAUAGCAUCCAGGGUAGAAGUUGAUAAUGUAGGUAUCUAUAUUCGAUAGAAAAGCGAAAAAAAGGGCACUACAAUUUCUUGAACUUCGUCUUUGGUUAGUUGUGAUGAGAUUGAUUUUGUGAGUAGGUUCUAUCAUUUUCUUUUUGAUGAUUAAUGAGAUGAAUCACUUUGCUGC